AUGGAGGGAUGGAGGGAUGUGGGGGAUGGAGGGAUGGAGGGAUGGAGGGGAUGGAGGGUGUGGAGGGAUGUGGAUGUGGAGGGAUGUGGGGAUGGAGGGAUUGUGGGGGAUGGGGGAUGUGGAGGUGAUGAGGAUGUGGAGGGAAUGAUGGAGGUAUGUGCGGGAUUGGGAUGGGAUGCUGGAGGGAUGGAGGGAUGUGGAGGGAUGGAGGGAUGGAGGGAUGGAGGGAUGGAGGUAUGUGGAGGGAUUGAGGGAUGUGGAGGGAUGGAGGGAUUUGGAGGGAUGGAGGGAUGUGGAGGAUGGAGGGAUGUGGAGGGAUGUGGAGGUAUGGAGGGAUGUGGAGGUAUGUGGAGGGAUGAGGGAUGUGGAGGGAUGGAGGGAUGUGGAUGGAUGGAGGGAUGUGGAGGGAUGUGGAGGGAUGGAGGAUGUGGGAGGGAUGGAGGGAUGUGA